AUGUCGGAAAGAAAGGUGAUCAACAAGUACUACCCUCCCAACUUUAACCCUUUGGAAGCCGAAGAGGCGGCUCGGAAACUAUCCAAAAAGUUGAAGACCAUGAAUAAGGAUUCUACAACUAUUCGACUAAUGACACCUUUCAGUAUGCGGUGUCUCAAAUGUUCUGAGUUUAUACCGCGAAGUCGAAAAUUCAACGGUAAAAAAGAGCUGCUUCCAGAAAGAUAUUUGGAGACCAUUAAAAAGUAUAGACUGAGCAUAAAAUGCCCACGAUGCAACAAUAUGAUCUCUUUCCGUACCGAUCCCAAAAGUGGCGACUAUGUCAUGGAAAUCGGGGGAGUGAAGAACUUUGUGGCAGAUGCUGAUUCUUCUAGGGCCAGCAACGAAACAGAGUCGGUGGAUGAAGCCCUACAACGACUGGAAAAAGAGCAUCAGCAGGAAAAAGAUGCAGCCAAUAAUGAGCCAACGGAGAGCAAGAUCGAGCAGGUGGAAAAGCGGCUGGUGAAAAUGCAGCAAGAACAAGAAGACUAUGAAAGACUGGAACAUUUGCGACGGGACAACGCGGCGCGCAUGAAGCGUGCAGAGCAGCUUCAUGGACUUUCAGAAGACGCUGCUAGGGCGAAAUUGGUUGACGAUGAGAAGGCCGCUGAAGACGCGUUCCGGGCCACUUUAGAACCGCAAGAAACGGCUAAGACCAACAGUGUUCGUCCCGCAACAAUCACUGUUCCGCACAAGAUUCUAAUAAAGAAGAAAAAUAAGACCAACCCGUUGGGAGUGGUGAAAAAGAAGAGAAAUUGA